GGGAAAUUACCUCAAAUCCAGGCCAGGCCAGGCCAGGCCAGGCCGAACCGUAAUACCACUCGGGCUGUAUAUUCUUCUUUUGCGUCUCAAUGUAAGCUUCCUUAGAUCUUGACAAAGACCAGAUCAACAUUCGUAGUCCCUACUCCUCCGGUCCUCCCCACCUGGCAUGGGUGUAAUUACGGCCAAGUCUUCGGGCAAAUGAGCAAGGGUUGGUGCCAUAAAUACCAAAAUUCCUCACUUGCCGUCGCAUCCGCCGGAGAGAGGUAUAUGACUUUCUCGCUCUAUCAUCUCUGAUAAUGAUUUCGAAUAAUCCGGCCAGGCCAUUAUUGCUGUUGUGGAGUCUUUACUUAGUUUUGAUCUACUAAGCUAAGCGUUCAUGCUUUUGCACUUGCCGUUUCAUUUCAUCCGCUGCUGAAUGCAAUGUUACAGUGUCUAUGAUUACAUUUACGUCUCUCUCCGCUAAAUCAUGCUCUAUCUCUCGCAUGCACAUGAUUUCGAGUUCAACUGAGUUCGGAUUUUAGAAUCUUUUUUAGUAUUCAAUUCCAGGUUUUUAUUUUUUACAUCUCCUUGAACUUUUGCCCUUCUAUUUUCCUUUCUUUCCAUCUCUCCUCUUUGAUGGUAGGGUUUGGCAUUACACCAUGUCGUUCGCUUUGAAAUCACAUAAAGCUUUGAUCUGUUUCAGUCACACAUGGACCUUCUCUUUGAUUUGACAAACCUAUUGUCUAAUUGCGGGCAUCUGGCAUUUUAAAUUACUGACUUUUUUAAAAUGAGAUGUUAUGAAUGCAUUGUAUCAAUAUUGACUCCAGUUGAAGGAAACUGUGGACAUUUGCUAGCUAUCAGAUCUGUCAUCGAGCUUGGUAGUAGUUGGCUUGGUUCAAAGUCAAGGCCGUUCUUUUUGGAUGACAGAACAUGUUAGCUAAACGAAAAAAAAUGAUCUGUUUUUUCACCUUUUUCUAUUCUGUUUGGCUUUACCUUUAAAAAUGAAAAAGUAUAAUUCUAUACAACUAAAUAUCUUAGUCUUUACUUAGUAUAUAAUAGAAAGAACUAUAUACGAUGAGUUUGACCAACUAUAUAGAUUAAAUUUUAUUCAGUGUUAGUGUUGUUCUCUUUAUUUUCCCUCAAAUUUCCCUUACCUAAACUAUUUUCUGGGCUUCAUGAAGAAUAUGAAUAGCUAUUGGCAAUUUGGUGAUGAACUGAGAGGGCAGUCAACAAAAGCCUCAGAGGAUCACAAAUGGCUAAUGGUUGCCUCCAAGCUGGCCGAGCAGACACGGUCAAAGGGUGAGCGCAGAAAUAAUCUUGAUCUCUCAAAGGGCUCGGUUGAAGUUACGCCCAGAGACCAUUUUGGGUUUCAAGAAGAUAACAAAUUUGAGACGAUGAACUUCAAUAUGCUGAAUUUAGAGUCAAAAGUGACAGAGAAUUUCACCAAGAGUUCUGUUAGGAACGAUAUUUACAAUUUAAACACCAUGUACCAUAAGACUAAUGUCAACAUUCCGGGGAAUAUGUCUGGAAGCAAGUUCAACCACAUGAACAUGAACAAGGAUCUUAACAACACCAAUGAGAUUGUCAAUGCUAAUGUUGGUGCUGAUAAGAGGUUUAAGACAUUGCCUGCUGCAGAGACACUUCCAAGGAAUGAGGUUCUUGGUGGAUACAUCUUUGUUUGCAACAAUGACACUAUGCAAGAGGAUUUGAAGCGACAACUGUUUGGAUUACCACCAAGAUACAGAGAUUCUGUUAGGGCAAUUACACCUGGAUUGCCUUUGUUUCUGUAUAAUUAUACCACUCACCAAUUGCAUGGCAUCUUUGAGGCAGCUAGUUUUGGAGGGUCCAACAUUGAUCCAACUGCUUGGGAAGAUAAAAAAUGCAAGGGAGAAUCAAGGUUUCCUGCUCAGGUGAGGAUUCAUAUUAGGAAGCUCUGUAAUCCACUGGAGGAAGAUGCUUUUAGACCUGUCUUGCACCAUUAUGAUGGCCCUAAGUUUCGCCUUGAGCUGUCGGUACCCGAGACACUAGACGUACUGGAUCUGUGUGAACAAGCCGGAGUCAACAAUGGGUUGGCUGAAUAAACAAACUUCCCACAGUACAAAACAAACAAGCCUCAGUAUGUUGUUGGUUUAUUUCGGGGAUUCUACAAGUCUCGGCUUUCAAUUCCCUAACUAGCGUAAGCUUGGAAAAAAGUCGGUAGUAUUACCCAACCCAUGAUGUACUACUAGCUAGUACCUGUUGAUUAGACAGACUCUGUAAUGUGCUGCCUGCUUGCUUGUGCAGCAUGCAAUGGGUUUUUAGCAACCACACAAUUCCGUUGGAUCUUCCAAAAGUGCAAGUCAUUUUAGUUCAUGGUGAAUGUUAUAUUUAGAUAUUGGCAGUUCCAAA